AUUGCCAGCGGACAGACGGUACACACGUGUACGCACGUGUGGAAGAAGAGGCUCGCUGUCACGAGACGCGUCUUGCCACACACGUGUUGAUUUUGCACGCGCGCGAAUACGCGACGUGCAAAUUAUCGCGUCGUCGUUAUCGUUCGAGACGAGGUCAGGCAGGAAGCGCGGUUUCGGACCGUCGUUCGCACGCGUGCUGUUUUCCGCGCCGAUUGUGACGGAGCUGACGUGGAGCCGAUCGCCUGUUCGCUAAAACACAACGAGCGAAUCGAUGCCGCGUCGUGAAUCGGAAUCGCGAUCGUCGAGCAGCUAGCACGCGAUCUUAUCAUCGUCCGGAGUCCCCUGCGCCGUCGUGUCCGAGGGACGAGGAGAAACAGCGAGGAUUAGUCAGCCUCGACAAUCUUGAGGACGGAUUCUAGGAGCAUCGCGCUUGCUGGGACCACCUUGUGGGUUCCUUUUGCAACAGGGCAAGAGUAGACGGUAAUCGACGAGGCCCUAAUGCAAGUUGGCGAUUUGUCCGAUCUUGGUGAUCUGGGCAAUGUCUUAAUUGCGACGGCGGGGCGAUGACGCUCAAUCACCGUCCCCCAUCAUUAGUAGGGGUCCUUCAGGACUCGCUCCUCCUGCAUCCGGUUUCGGUCCUGAAUUUAAUCUCUGAUAACGAUUGUCGCUGUUCAGCGAGAAACGUCGUGAAAACGCGCGCGACUGUUGCAGUCGGGAGGAGGUAUGAGAGACCGUUCUCAUCAUUACCGGGAUCAUCACGGACACGCCAUGCCCCUCGAGGAGGUUCAAGGACUGUUACUUCCACCUUCCAGAACAGGUAACCGGGGACCUCUGAAUGUGACGAUUGUACAGGUCGGCAGAGGAAAUGGAGGCGGUGGAGAUGGCGGAAGUGAUUUACUGAGAUUGGAGCCGCCGUCGGAUUUAAGACCGGUUCCGUCACCCCUAUCUGACACCAGUACUACCUUGCAGUCUGACAACAAUGACACCUUGGCCGGAGGUGUCGAUCCAAGAUUAUUGCUAGGAACCGGUGGUGAUCGUACCUGGGAAGGUCGCUACCACGUGAAGGAACAUCGACGUGCUGGAAAGGCUACUUUCCAAGGUCAAGUUUACAACUUCCUGGAACGUCCCACCGGCUGGAAGUGCUUCCUGUACCACUUCUCUGUAAGAUAUAGUGGCAGAAUUCAACGGAUUUGCGAAAGAUGGAUCGUUGUAGAUAUGGAUAUCACACGGGUGAAAGUUCGCGCAAACGGAAGUGGAAACAAGACGUGGAAACUUCAUAGAGAUGCAUAUGAAGCGUAGGCGACACGAUCGAAUUCGCCGUCGAAAUCUUUUUUCAGAAGCACGAGGCUGGAAACUUGGCGUUGAUACUGUUCGCUCGCGUUCUCCAAAGGACAUAUUUGAUAAUGUCAGGCUCGGUUGGCUCUUUGAAAUUUGCGGCAUUAAUUAACGACGACGCAAGUUUUAUAGUCUCGUAAGAAAGUUAUUUCGCACGAAUUUAGUUGAGAUUUAUUUUCCACAUAAUUCUUUUUAAACGCUUCUUAAACCUAAGAUAAUUCAGAAAUGAAAGGAUAUAAAAUAACUAUAAUAUACGUUUCGUAUAUGUAUGUUAAUAUAUGUAUAUCU